CGCAAUGAGCACUGAAACAACAUCAUACUAGGAAGUACUGCAACUGUUCAAGAUCAACAUUUUGUACAGCUCACUGGACAGCCUGCUAUUAAUUUAUGAAUGAAGUAAUAAGCCAUGAUAUUGACAUAAGGAUAAUGGAGACCAGUUUUUCCGGUUGGUUUACAUUAACGAGUGCCUAGCUGCAAGAGCUCUCAGCCUAAAGUGUGAAAAUAAGACACUGUUUCAAUAUAUAUUUAACAUUUCAUACACUUGCCUGGAUCUUAUCAGUAAGGAUGAAUCUUUAGGGCUUUAUUUGGACCGGGGGUAUCGGGUUUUUGGAUUUUAAAGUCGUGUCCCCGAACCGCAACUUCACUUCCGAUAUCUUCAGCAAUCUUCAGAGGGUCCUGGUUUCAUUGUGAGAAGACCGUCAUAAUGGCAUCAGCCAAACUGAAGUACCUUUCUUUGGGGGUCCUGGUCUUUCAGACCACCUCUCUGGUGUUGACCAUGCGUUACUCGCGCACCUUACAGGGCGAUGGGCCGCGGUACCUGGCCUCCUCAGCUGUGGUGGUGGCCGAGCUCCUCAAGAUCUUCACCUGUGUUGGGCUUGUCUUCAAAGAUCACAGUUACAGCGGUCGAGCACUAAGCAGCAUAUUGAGACAGGAGAUUCUACACAAGCCUAUAGAAACACUAAAGCUAGCGAUUCCUUCAGGCAUCUACACACUGCAGAAUAACCUGCUCUAUGUAGCACUGUCUAACCUUGAUGCUGCUACAUACCAGGUGACAUACCAGUUGAAGAUCCUCACCACGGCCCUGUUCUCAGUAUCCAUGCUGGGUCGCCGGCUGGGAGUGUACCAGUGGCUGUCUCUGCUAAUUCUUAUGGCAGGAGUUGCAUUUGUACAGUGGCCUGCCGAGUCUCCAUCAGAGCCUCAGAAAGAGCAGCUGACUGCGGGCUCACAGUUUGUGGGGCUGGUGGCCGUGCUGGUGGCCUGUUGCUCCAGUGGCUUUGCUGGAGUUUACUUUGAGAAGAUCCUUAAGGAGACCAAGCAAAGCGUUUGGAUUCGAAACAUCCAACUGGGCAUGUUUGGAUUGGUAUUUGGGCUUUUCGGGAUGUUUGCCUACGAUGGUGCCAGAGUCCAAGAACACGGAAUGUUCCAGGGCUACAGUACAGUGACCUGGAUUGUGGUCGCGCUGCAGGCUCUUGGAGGGUUAGUGAUAGCUGCUGUUAUCAAGUAUGCUGACAACAUACUGAAAGGCUUCGCUACAUCACUCUCAAUCAUCCUCUCCACAUUAAUUUCAUAUUUCUUGCUUGAGGACUUCGAACCAUCCAGUGUGUUCUUCAUGGGCAUGAUAUUGGUGAUAGUGGCGACGUUUCUCUAUGGUUACGAAGGAAAGCCGGCGGCCAACCCUAGCAGAGCGUGAAUGAGUGGUUGAGAGAUGAGGUUAAAGUGGGGCAGAACAAAAGGAUAAACGAGUGGAAGGACGCAGAAGAGGAGAGGAGGCGUUGUGAGAGGAGAAAAACAGAUACAAGGUUGGAUUAAUAGGCUGGGCCACUGCUGGGCAGUGCUGAGCUGAAAUACUCUGGGUCUAAAGGAGAGCACGAUUUCGCUAUCGAGUUCAGUGUGUCGAAUAAAACAGUGCCAUUUUCUGAUGUUUCUGGAGGAACUAUUUUGGACAAUGAUGACUCAAACAUUACUGAGGAUCGUAUCACAGACUGCUUUUUCUAGCAGUUUCGGUGAUCAGUGGCUUAUACAUUCAUCCGUAUGGGGUGCUUUUAGAUUGCUGCGGUUGCCUGCAGAAAUUUGCCACAAAUUAAACUUGAAUCUCGCAAAAACUCACUUAAGUUUUGUGAAUUUCAGGUUAUUUGUUACUGUAUUUUUCAUUGUUCAAUUCUGCUUCAGUCCUGAAAAAGCUUUUAAUUGUUGUUUUAAUUGCGAGGGUCGCUGGGAUAGUUUUGCGCAGGGAAGGGAGCAAAUGCUGGGUUACAAAUGGACGAACCCAGCCGUUGUUUUAAAUUAACCAGAAUAGGUUAAAUUAUAACUAAAUGGGUCGUGUUCAUUCUUUUUUUGACCCAUCGUUGGGUUGAAAAUAACCCAGCGUAUUUUUUGUGUGUAUUUAUGAAUUUAAUACAAAUUAUUCACAUAAUUUUAUUAAUAAUAAUGCAGAUGAAAAUGAUCCUAGCCAGUCAGUUUUUGGGUUUUCCACACUGACGUGAUUACAGUUAUUAUUAUUAUUAUUAUUUACCACAUUACCUCUGUUACCAGGAAAAAUACUUGAGUUAAUCUGUUAUAUAUGCAAGGAAGUGCUAUUUUAGCUAUUUUGCACUAUGUAUGAUGCUAUAUUAGUCAUGGGUGAGGAGUUACAUUGAAUCAGGUGUUUAUUAUCAAAUCAUUUUUUAAACAACACACACGGCGAGACAACAAAAAAAAAACAGUUCGGCAUUUUCCAAAUGUUGUAUUUACUGUAAAAACAAUGCAUGCAAUCACAGCUUCAAAAAGUGAUUAGAAAGGCAAAGGAUCGUUUUGUAACUACAUACAGUUGGUCUGGGAUUAAUUUUUAUUCAAUCACCCAUAACUGCCCCCAGUCCUUCAGUAUUUUAGACUUCACUGUGAACCUCAAAAACAAUAAACUUGACCAUGACCUUUGAGGACCAA